ACAAUUAAAAAAAAUAAUUUUUAAAAAAUAAAUAAAAAUUAAUAAAAUGGAUUAAAAAAUAAUUGUGCAGAAAAAUAAAUAAAAAAAAAACUUCAACAAAAAUAUAAAAGUGAAAUAAUUAAAAAAAAAUCACAAUUUCCUUGGAUUAAAUUAUUAUUACAACAAAUCAACAGAAACCGGAAAAAAUGGCAACAGCAAUGAACAAAUUAUAUGCAAGCUUAAAUGCAUCAGAACUGAAUUCAAGAAUUAUUUUUAAAGGAUCCUCGAUGUCACCGCAGUCCGAUCGCGAUGCGGGGUUUUGUUCGGGGGGCUCCGAAAUUGGCGACGAGCGACUAAGUGACAGCCCCAACAGUCAAAUUGACGUCUCGGAUGACUCGAUUGAAGUGAAAAUCCCUCAAAUUGUCUUGUCGAAGAACAAAAGAAAGAAUUCCGAGCCCGUAAAAGUCGUCGAAACGGAAAUGGGUCCAUUGAAAAAACGAAUUAGGUUUCAGCAGUUCAGCUCGAUGCAAGAAACAAAGCCUUCGUAUUCGAGUCCUGUCAAAGAAAACAUAAAAAUUAUCAAGGAAGAGAAGAAGGAGAAGCCAUCCGUGUUCAGACCAUGGACUGUUGAAGGUCCGGCAGAGCGAAAAUCGACACCUCCGUUGAUUCAAAUCCCCGAAAUUAAUCCGGCGGAUGUUUUUGUGCGACAUCCCGGCGUUACGACACUCCAUCGGGCACCCCUAACGCCUCCCUUCGUCAUCGACGAGCAAAUGGAGCCUCUUGCCCUCGUAGUUGAACGAAAAUCUGACGUUUGUCAAAGCAGCAAAAAAUUACCUCAAGCGAAAUCUCACGUUAAAAAACCCAAAACGACGCGAUCGCUCAACAGUAGUCACGAUGACGACGCAGAAAUCAAAGGAAAAACACCCCCGCAGAGAAAUUACAAGAACAUGACGUUACAACGUCGCAUCGAAGCAAAUGCCCGAGAACGUACGAGAGUUCAUACCAUCUCAGCUGCCUACGAAAAACUCCGAAAAUGCAUCCCAUCGUACUCCAGUUCGCAUAAAUUGUCGAAAUUAGCAGUUUUACGGAUCGCAGGCGCCUAUAUCCAAGCACUGAGUCGCAUGAACGGCGAAGAUUUGAGUCCCGAUGGCAGUCAACCGGAUGUCAAUGAAUGCAUCGAUCGAGUACGGGACAUUCUCGAACGCGAAGGAAAGGUGAAAAAAGAAGAAGAUUCCGACUAAAAAAAAAAUUCAGCUCAAAAAUGUAAAAAAAUUGCUCGAAAGGAACCAACCACCUCGUAGAUGAUACAAAAAAAAACCAACGAAAAAAAUCUCGUUCCGGCCAAAAAUUAAUAAUUAAGAUUAGAAGUCAUAGAAAUAGCAAAAUUAGUACAAAAAAUAAUUAAAAAAAAAAGUUUGACAAUAAAAACAAAAAUUUAGGCCACACAGCACCUGUUACAACAACAACAACACUCACAUGUGCCAUUGAUUAAAAUUUUGUUUGACUUUUUUUUGUUAUUUUGUCUGUAUAUUUAUAAAUAAACAUAAAAUUAUUAUUAUUUUGUAAAAUAAAAAAAAUUAGAUAUUAAAAAAUGUGAUUAAAAAUUUAUAAAAUAA